AUGGCAGCAGGAAAGCGUUCUGACUGCAAGACUUCAGUAGGAGGCACACAGCUCAGCGAGUUUUCAGAUCAAGUAGAGUCACAGGUGGCACUAGUAGAGACGCCGCAAACAGUAGCUCAGCCUCCUGUUCGAGAAACAGUGAUGCUGCCGCUUCGAAGCCCCCAAGACUAUUCCACUCGUUUCUUUGUUGACGACUUUUCUAUUUACUUUACAGUUGUAAUUAGGCCGUCGACGUUUUCUUUCGAGUUGCUGCUCAGGUCGAUAGUACAGCUACAGGCUAGAGGUCUCCUGUUUGGUAUUGAGGCUCGACACACCGUUCCGGAGAGCAGUGGCCUACAGGUCUUAGCGGAAGUAGACUAAGGCUGUUUUACUUGUCCAUAUUAUUGUUGCGAGAUAGUCUUUCUCAAGCUCGAGCUCAGCUCUGAUUACAAAAGAUGGAGAGUAGCGCACCAAAGGUUCCCCGUCCUCUGACGUUUUUGCAGACGGCUAGAGUUCGGGUCGCCGCGUAAAGGUCUGGGCUAAAGAGAGCUAUCGAGCAAGUCGAACUUAUCCGUAAAGAUGUGGCAGAGGGGUGGCAAGAGCAGAAAGAGAAAGGAUGGGUCUCUUCUCAUGCUAUUGUCGCCGUUGCCUCGUCAGAAGUAGAAAGGAUGAUAACGUACUUCGUCGACAGGUUUCUAGUUUGGUCGCCUCUAGCAGAAGUUUGUGGGGGACAGGACUCUCGUAACAGGGUCCCCCGUGUUGUUUUAAAGACGUUAAAGUGAAGACAAACUACAUGUGCGAUUCAUGUCACGUUGGGAAUCCGAGUUGGGGAGGACCGGAUGGCCCAUCACUACACAUCAACACGCAUUGAAUGGGAUUUUUGCGGGCUACAGACCGAUUGCUGAGAUGGUAUUGAGUGACUUGAGAGCAAGUGUUUAUCCUUGGCAACAGUCCAUCGAGGUAGCAAGACAAAGGAACAGGAGGCAGAGCUGGAUAGAGCGAACUGCGCCGCUUUUGAGGUGUAAUAUAAUGAGGCACUCCGUGACGCUGCGCUCUGUUU